AAAAUAUGUUGAUGGCUAAAAUAAUUCUUAAGUUGCUUGCCCUGUAGUGAAAAACGAAUUGGCAAUAUAGUGCGGAAGUAAAAAAUAAAGAAAUAAAUAAAACAAACACAAAAAUAAACGAAGGACGAAAAAUGAAACAAAAACAACAAACGUCAGGCGCCGCUGUACGAAGCAAUGGGAGAUAUUAAUACGCAUGUAAAUAGUUCGGGCGGCGAAUGUCGUUGUUCGCUCAAUGACUACUCCAUAAAAUAUGGCUAUGGCUAGUUCACUAAUUCUUAAUACAACAGCGUACAACUAGUAAGGCAUGCAAACAUAUAGAAUCUGAAUAUGUCGGAGGAAAGAGGCGGAGAUAAAGGUGGAACGCAAUUAGAACUAGAGCUCUACUUUCUAAUUGCCAAGUUUCUGGAGUCUGGGCCGUGUAGUAAGGCAGCUGAAGUGUUGCGUCAAGAAAUACACCAACACAAGCUUUUACCCAAAAGACUUGAUUGGAAAGGUGGAGAACAUUUGAAAACUUACGAAAACUUGGUUGCAUAUUACAGUCAUAUUACAUCUGAUCAUCUCUUAAAAAUCUGCCAACGACUUGCUCCUUUGUUAGACAAAGAAAUCAAACCUAGUGUACCUGGCGUUCUCACAUUCUUAGGUGCUGGAAGUCAUUCUCUUCUUCGGAAAACUCAAGAUUCUCAAGUAAUAAAAUGGAAGCUUGCUCAUCAUGUUGCUACAUUGCACCAAGCACCAUUGCUGCCUCCAUUGAACAUUGCCACUCCAAAUUACAAUUACCUGCUGCAUUCACGCGAGUUAAAUGGCCUCUCCCAUCAUCCUCAUAUUAUUCCAACACAAAUCUUCACCCGGAUGGGCAUGCAUGCUCGCAAACUGGGACAUUUAUCUGCUGUGUAUUGUUUGACAUUUGAUCGGACUGGAGAAUAUAUUAUAACGGGAGCUGAUGAUCACCUUGUAAAGAUAUGGAGUACUGCAGAUGGACGCUUACUGGCGACUCUACGUGGACAUUCUGCGGAGAUAACGGAUAUGGCAGUAAAUUAUGAGAACACUCUUAUUGCUGCAGGCAGCUGUGAUAAAAUUAUCCGUGUUUGGUGUUUACGGUCUAAAGCACCAGUAGCUAUUCUCCAGGGACAUACAGGCAUGAUCACCUCAUUACAGUUUUCACCUCAGACACGAGGCGACAUUCGUUACCUGUCUUCAACUGGAGGGGAUGGCUGUGUGUGUUUUUGGGAAUGGAAGGCAUCAACCAAUGUUUUCAACUUAAAGCCUACCAAAUUCAUUGAACGGUCUAGGGCUGGUGCGCAAAUGUUGUGUUCUUCCUUUAGUCCAGGUGGAAUAUUCCUGGCGACUGGAAGCUCUGAUCAUGUUGUGAGGGUGUAUUGUUUUAUGUCAACAGUACCAGAAAAGAUUUGUGAGUUAGAAUCCCACACAGAUCGUGUUGACAGCAUUCAGUAUAGUAACAGAAGUAUUCGGUUUGUCAGUGGGAGUCGAGAUGGCACUGCACGAGUUUGGCGAUACGAACGCCAGGAAUGGAAAGCAAUGGUUCUUAAUAUGAGCACAAAAUUACCAAGUGUAAGUUCUGGAAAAGGUGAAGAAAGCAAAGCUAUGAAAUAUAAAGUGACCAUGGUUGGUUGGAAUCUAGAUGAUUCUUUUGUGAUCACUGCUGUUAAUGAUUACUCGCUAAAAGUUUGGGAUUCAUACACUGGUCAACUGCUGCAUAUACUCGAAGGACAUGAAGAUGAAGUUUUUGUUUUGGAACAAUGUCCAAUUGAUUCCCGUUUGUUGCUGAGUGCAGGCCAUGAUGGUAACAUUAUAUUGUGGAAUUUAAAUACUGGCAAGAAAAUGAAAAGCUAUUUUAAUAUGAUUGAAGGCCAAGGUCAUGGGGCAGUAUUUGAUACAAAGUUCUCACCUGAUGGACAGGUGUUUGCUGCUACAGAUUCUCAUGGUCAUCUAUUGUUAUUUGGAUUUGGAUCUCACGAGAGACACAAAAAGGUACCAAUGGAAGUGUUUUUCCACACGGAUUAUCGUCCAUUAAUUCGAGAUGCUAACAAUUAUGUUUUGGAUGAACAGACUCAGCAGCCCCCUCACCUUAUGCCAGCUCCUUUCCUGGUGGAUAUUGAUGGUAACCCCUACCGCCCUGUUAUGCAGAGAUUAGUUCCAGGUAGAGAGCACUGCAAAGAUGAACAACUUGUACCUCAAGUUGCAGUCAAUGAAGAAGGUGACCAUGAAGUGAUAGAUCCCCUGCCGCAGGAUGGUGAGGUUGGUGUAGAUGCUAAUGGACAACUUGAUCGAGACUGGCCGAAUUUAGAUGCCAUGAUAGUGCGUCUUCAACGAGAACAAGACCAAAGGUUGGCUAUCCAAGGUAGUAGUACACCAGUCAGACCUCAGCCAGUACAGAGGCGUGCCAAUCACCUUAUUGGUAUGCGGAGGAAUGGAGAAACAAUAGGUGUCCGCCAGUCUUUAGAGUAUAUUUCUCAAGUUGCAACGCGCAGUGAAAUUCUAGCGCUGAGUCGGAGAGUUAUUGUGCAUGCAAUGGAUCCUUAUGAAGCCAAAUCAGGAGAAGAAACUCGUUCAGCUUUUACUGAAGAAGAAAUAAAACGAUUUGUAACGGAAAAGAAGAAGAAACCACUGCAUCAAGGAUCUGAUACUGCUAGUACAACCAACUAUAUGAGCACUCGAAGAACAGCAAAUCACAGCUAUCGAACACGGGCUAACAACAAUGAAGAGACUAGUUGCAACCGUCUUACUGCCAGAGCUCUCUAUGAUACGGAAGAAGAAGAUGGCAGUACUUCUGGAACAGAAUUAUGGGAUGAUAGCAACAGUGAAUCUAGCGAGUAUUCUGAUUGGAUGGGCGACCAGGGGAUAAAUUUACAGCCCCCAAAACGAUCUCAACGAAAAACCAAAAAGAAAAAGAAAAAGAAAAAAGUGGUUUCAACUUCUGAUGAUGAGGACGAUGAUGAUGAUGCAGAGGGUAGUGAUUUAACAAAGGAAUAUCAGAAACGAAAGAAAAAGCCUGCACAGAAAAAGAAAGGAAGAGCAAAGAAGAAGCGUCCAGAGAAAAAUAGCAGUGAUGAUGACGAUGAUGAUGAUGAUGAUAACGAUGGGAUUACUGAUGAUUUUUUUCCUCCGAAGUGGCUGACCGAUGUCUACCCACGCAAGGCACCUUAUGUCCCUCAAAUGGGGGAUGAAGUUAUCUAUUUCCGACAGGGCCAUGAGCAGUAUGUGCAUGCUGUGAAAAAGAACAAUGUUUACAAAGUGAAUCCCUAUAAAAAUCAACCGUGGCAUAAAAUUCCAAACCUCAGGGAACAAGAAUUGAUGAAAAUUGUUGGUAUAAAAUACGAAAUCCGGCCACCUCGUUUGUGUUGUUUAAAACUAGCAUUUAUUGACCCUGAGACUGGACGUGCAAAUGGAGGUGCUUUCAGCAUCAAAUACCAUGACAUGCCUGAUGUUAUUGAUUUCUUGGUACUCAAGCAAACAUAUGACAAUGCAAUGAAGCAUAAAUGGAAAUCGGGUCACAAGUUCCGCUCAAUGAUAGAUGACAUGUGGUGGAUGGGCUCCAUAGAAUCUCAAGAACCUUUCCAGCCAGAAUUUCCUGACAGCAUGUACCAGUGUUUUAAUGUGCACUGGGAUAAUGGUGAAAUGGAAAAAUUGAGCCCCUGGGAUAUGGAGCCAAUUGAUCCAGAUCGUGUUUCUCAUUCAACAGGUCUUCCAACAGAGCUUGGUGGAGGAGUAGAAGUGACCCCUGAAGAAAGGAAAUCUCAUUAUGUCCCCAAAGAUGGAGAGUGGCCCAAAAAUGGUCGAGAUAAUGAGUGUGAUCGUAUAGUAAAGGGUUUGGAGUAUGUAAUGGCCCACUCUAUAGCGGAGCCAUUCCUUACACCUGUAGAUCUAAAAGCAUUCCCACUUUAUGCAAAAGUCAUUGAAUACCCGAUUGACUUGACGACCAUUAAAGAACGAUUAGAACAUAGAUUUUACCGACGGGUAAACUCAAUCCAGUUUGAUGUUCGAUAUGUGGAAACUAAUGCUGAGAGGUUCAAUGAACCAAAAUCACAAAUAGUUCGUUCUGCUAAAAUCUUAACCGAAACUCUUCUCAGGUAUAUUAGUGACACUAAUUGUUAUGACCCUCGCCCAAUUUUAGCUGAAUUGUGGGGCGAGGAUGAUCACCAGGCUAGUGAAAGUGAUGAUGAUGAAAGUAGUAGAGAUUCUACUAGCCGGAAGCGUAAACUGCGAGCUACAACAGCUGCAAACAAAAGACGACGUGCUGAGACCCAGCAAACUGACCCUGAUGCCUGGAAGGAACAGUGUCGAGACUUACUGGAAAGGAUAUUUGAAUGUGAUGACUCUGAACCAUUCCGAACUCCAGUAGAUCCAGAAGAAUACCCUGAUUAUUUUGAAAUUGUCGAAACGCCUUUGGAUUUUGCCACUGUGCAAAUGCGGCUACAUAAAGGAGAAUAUGAAAAUCCCCUUGAUCUCAGUAAAGAUGUGCGGCUGAUAUUCCAAAAUUCGAAAGCCUACAACACAAACAAACGUUCACGUAUUUAUGCUAUGACAUUGAGGCUAUCAGCUAUGUUUGAUGAACAAAUUAGAGAAAUUAUUAGCAACUGGAAAGCUGCCGUUAGAAACAGCAGAUCAACAAAUUCUAGUCAGAACAGGAAAAGAACUUCCAGGAAUUCAGUAAAAUCAGAUGGAAGUUCUACAACCACUACUAGAAACCGAACUUCUGCAAACAGUAACCACUUGGGUUCAGCGUCUCAAGCGGGCAACCACCCAUCGACAUCUGGCUAUCUUGCACCGUCCAGUUCCGGUCUCACUACAUCAGUGGUCAACAGUAGGAGUGGGCGUGGCUCAGCGACACCGUCCAGCAGCAGCAGUUUCAGCAGCACCAGUAGUAGCACCAGCAGUGGUACCAGCAGUGGAAGCAGCGUUGGUAGUCUGAGCUGCAGUACUAUUACUACCAGCAGCAGCAGCAGCAGCAGCAGUAGAAGCAGCAGCAGCGGCAGCAGCAGGUUGAACGGUUAUUCCAAGUCUACAUCGAGUUCAGCAGCAGGCUCCUCAUCCCCCUCCUCCUCCUCAUCCUCAGGCAGCAGUUCAAAACGAGGAAGCGGUAGCUUAAAGGCUAAUCACAAAGCUGCAGCUACAGCAGUGAUGUCUCAAUCAGAUAUCUGUGUUACCUCCAGUGGUAGAGUUGUAAAGAAGAAAUCUCUGGUUGAAGCGUCGAGUGAAGACAGUGAUCUUGAUGAGAUAUCUCGGCCCCUUGCAACACACGUAUCACCACGGGCUACUCUGAAAAGACGGCGCAAAGAAAGGCUUGGCAAUGUCGACGACGAUGACUCUGACGAAGAAAAAGUAACAAAAAAGAAGAAAGUGAAACAUAAAAAUGGGUCUUUGAAGAAGAUGAAAAUGAAAAUGAAGAAAAAGAAGAGUAAAAAGAAGAAGAAGAAGAAAGCUGUAAAAAGUAGAUCAGACACACCACUUCCGCUGACCAAUGGACACACAAAACCAUAUCGGACGCGGGCGACCACUGGAUCUCUAAAGCCACGCAAGUAUGAAGAGGAGAAUGAAUUACCUUUAAGGCGCCACAAAAGACGUCUUCGUCAGCUGAACCUGUCAUCAUCGUCAAGUACAUCGUCUAGUUGUAAGAAGCGUAACUCGAGAUUUAGCAGCAGCAGCUCCGCCAGAUCCACAAGUUCAACUUCCAGCAAGAGCUCUGACUCUGCGUCUUCAUCAGAUUCUGAGGUCACCCCACAAAGUGACUUGCUUACAGACAAUGAUACUAUUCCCCGGCGGUCAAAGCGCGCGGCGACGCAGCGCAGCACCCGGGCCACUCAGAACAUCUACGAUGUAUCAACUCCCGAGCGGCGAAACAGACGCUCACGGCAGGGUGGCGGUGAUGACGACGAGGGUCGUUUCAAUGGUGACAGCAGCCACCAGUCUUCGUCGCAGUCUCCUGUUAUGAUGACACGGAAUCAGGGUCGACGAACUGUCCGGUAUCGUGAGGAUAGUGACUUUGAGUAUGGAGAUGUUAGUGAUGACUCGAACACAUCAAAUUUAUCUGAAAGUGGUAUUAUCUCCCGUAGUCGGAAAGGACGUUUAAGACAAAUGUCUCAGAGAUCCAGACACAACUUAGUAGGGGAUUAAACAAAAAGACAAAAAAAAACAAAAACUGGAAAUUUUUUUAAAUUUUAUUUAUAUAAACAUAUAUUUUUUUUUUAACAA